CACUGUGAGCCCAUCACUUCCUGCUGACAGACCAAGCUUUCAGUUCCGAGGUGUUAGAAACCCAAAGAUAACGCCUUUAUCUACUCACACACACUCUACUCCCGAAGAUGAAGGGCUCUCUGAUCGUAGCCGUUCUCCUCUUAAAUUUCAGCUUUGCUGAAGCAUUCCAGGAGGCCAAGCUGUGUUAUAUAUUGGAUGGGAUUCUAGUGAUCUACGGCAUCAUUUUAACCUUCCUGUACUGCAGGCUCAGGAUGGAUCCUGCGUUUGCAACCAGCAACAAUUACCCUCAGAAGCCGCCAGCUUAUGGAGAUGGCCUUUAUGAAGGGUUGACCCCCCAUAGCGCGGACACCUACGAGACCAUCAAAGUGGAGAAGAAACCAAUAGUCUGAGAGGAGUUGGAAAAAAACACAACUUUGUUACAUUUAUGAUCAAUCCCCUCCUUUCCUGCUUGUUUUAUGUGUCUUGCCAACAGCCAGUAUUAGUUAGGUGAGUCAUGUUUGGAGCUUUAUUAUUUAGAGGGAGUCAGGUGGGUGAGCGGUUAGGGAAUCGGGCUAGUAAUCAGAAGGUUGCCGGUUCGAUUCCCUAUGUGCAAAAUGACGUUGGGUCCUUGGGCAAGGCACUUCACCCUACUUGCCUUGGGGGAAUGUCCCUGUACUUACUGUAAGUCGCUCUGGAUAAGAGUGUCUGCUAAAUGACUAAAUGUAAAUGUAUUAUGGAAUCAUAGUUUCCUCACUAUAAACCAGCACUUCACUUUGUAACAUUUAUCCUGUCUGUUCACCAUGUCUAUUAGAAAGAUUAAAAUGAAAUGUAUCGAACAAUUACCAUAAAUAACGGUGCCCUGAUUACUUUUCAUGUACCAAGGUCUCUAAACAGUUCUAUAUAUUGCUCCACAUCACUUCACUUGCCCUACAAACCAGGCCAGUCCCAGAAUAGUGUUUGAGACUAUUGAUUAUAAACUUGUUUCUAGUAUAAAUAAAUAGCAUCUGUGUAAAUGCCAGGUGAAGUGGCAGACUUAUGUUCUGGUGAGCCUAACAUUGUCGCAUUUUGUACGUAUGCGACAUAAUUGCCAACAAUGUGAUUAUUUAACUUUUACAAAUCAUUAAAACAAUUGUGGA